AUGAGUAUACUGAACAUUGAGACUCUUAGGGUUUGUCGUGAAAGGGAGCAAAAAGAAGGAGUUAAUAAAAUAUUGCAAAAGAUUCAUGGCAUUGAUAAUGUUGAUGAGGAGUUCCAAGAUCUAAUUGAUGCUAGCGAGGAAGCCAAAAAGGUGGAACAUUCGUGGAAGAAUAUUACACAAUUGAGACACAAACCUCAACUAACAUAUUUCUCUCUUAUUCCAUUCUUCCAUCUACUCACAUGCAUUAAUGUUAUCAUGUUUUAUGCCCCUGUCCUUUUCAAAACUCUGGGCUUUGGAAAUAAUGCUCCCCUCAUGUCUGCAGUAAUUACUGGAGGUGUCAAUGUUCUUGCUACUUUUUUUUCCAUCUUCACUGUGGAUAAGUUUGGAAGAAAUAUUUUUUUUCUUGAAGGUGGUGUCCAAAUGUUUAUUUGUCAGAUUAUUGUUGGAAGCAUGAUUGCUAUCAAGUUUAGAGUUAGUGGUGAAGGCUCAUUUACACAUAUUGAAGAUAAUCUUCUUUUGUUCUUCAUAUAUUUGUACGUGUCGCAUUUGCAUGGUCUUGGAGUCCAUUGGGAUGUUAGCUUUGUUAUUAUAAUGACAAUUUUCAUUGUCAUGUUUUUUCCUGAGACAAAUAAUGUCCCAAUUGAAGAAAUGAAUAAAAUGUGGAAGUCUCAUUGGUUUUGGAAAAAUUUUGUUCUAGAUGUUGUCGUUGAUUGA